AUGAAUUGGCGCGACAGCAAUAAGACUUGUCAGAUUUUGACUGCGGCCGAGAAAGGUGGCUAUGGUGUUCUAGCUGCGAUCGUGUAUAAUGUGGAACACAUCACUGCAAUGGUCCAAGCUGCUGAGCAGCGCCACUCCCCAUUGAUCAUUCAACUAUUCCCUUCCUCCCUCAAACAGACCCCAUCGCUAGUAUUCGCCGCCGCCGCCGCCGCAAAGAGUGCCUCCGUCCCUAUUUCAGUGCAUCUAGACCACGCCCAGGACUAUGAACAGAUCAAGCAUGUCGCAGAGAAUCUGCCCUUCGACUCGAUCAUGGUCGAUAUGAGUCAUUACGAGAAGGAGGAGAAUUUGGCGAAGACAAAGGUCCUGCGCGAAUAUUGUCACGCUCGCGGGAUUUCAGUGGAGGCAGAGACCGGUCGCAUUGAAGGUGGAGAAGAUGGGAUUAUGGAUACCGGAGACCUCGCGGGUAUAUUGACGAACCCGGAGGAUGUGGAGGAGUUUAUUGCGUCUGGAGUGGACUUUCUGGCACCGAGUGUUGGGAAUGUCCAUGGAGAUUACGGGCCAAAAGGACCUGAAUUGGAUAUGGAGCGACUACGGGGGAUUUUCAGAUCGAUGAAUGGCCGAGUACGCAUGGUGUUACACGGGACCAACGACUUUCCACCGACUCUGACUCAGGCGUGUAUCAAGGCUGGCGUGACCAAAGUCAAUGUGAAUAAGCUGGUGCUGGAUCCUUGGCACGAUAAUCUCCGGGCCAAUGCGACUCGCCCUCUGACUGAGUUGAUGGACAUGGGAAUUGAGGUCUUGACGGCGGAGAUGGAGCGCUGGAUGGAUAUUAUCGGCAGUAGUGGAAAGGCCCAAUGA